UGUAGACAAGUCACAUGUAAAUAUAGUUCGUUGAAGCUCGUUUCUUUCGUUCUUGACUGCAGGGAGAGUAACGUUAGUUAGUCUGUUUGUUUUUAUCGUUAGGCGUUUGCUUCAUGUUGUGAACUAGGCUACCCCUUUCAUUUUAAAAGCCACAAUUUCACCGAAGAAUGAGUGAUAACGAUGAUAUCGAAGUCGAUAGUGACGUGAGUAAAUGUUUAUUUCAUUACUUUGCUAGCUACUGUAUGUAGUUAGUUUGCUAGCUAGCUAUCCAUUAAAACGCCUCGUAUUUUCGAGCCCGUGACUUCUAGCUAACGUUAGUUCGCUAGUAACUGGUAGUGAACUAACGCGUUAUCCACAAGAAGAGCAACAGCCUAUAAAAGGUUAGCUAGCGAGUUAGAUCGGUCAACUAGUAGCUAGCAGUGCUGGCUCAGACAUGUAUGAUGUUCACGUGUUAACUACAUAUAUUUUUUUGCAUUGGGUUUGCUGCAAUUAUGGGGUUAAAAUGGAGUGUUAACUAAGUUGGCUAGCUAGCUCACGCUACAUGGAAUUGUGGCUACAAUCGUACUUUUCUGUUCUGUUUCUUUUUACAGGAAGACUCAUCGAGAUAUCACAAUGUGGUGCGUAAUGAAGUGUUAAAUAUAUCAAAAAUAUUGGAAUUCUAUCAAAUGUAUUGAAAUUAUGCCAUGAUCAUAUCUGGCUGAAAAUAAUGUUCGCGCUGGUAGCUACUGUAUAUUAUAUACUUUGGCCUUACACAAACUUAACAAGUGAUGGUGGGGAUGGAUGCGGAAUAGAAGGGGUUUCCUGCAGUUAGUGAACGAGAAGAAAUCAAGCUUAGUAGUUUAUUGCAUGCAAAGUUAGCCACACACUCAAAAAUAAUAGGACAUUGCACACAAGGAGGAUGUAGCUAGCAGCCAGAAUACACGGAGUUAGAUGAACGCUGUGGGUUUGGAUAGGAGCUGGCACUGUCGUGUCACAACUAUGAUUUACCCUUUACAUAAUGUAUGCAAUAUAUCUAUCAAGCAAUCAAGGUUUUCAUUUGCACAGAUAAUAUAAGCCAUGCAUUGAAGGGUAUCCCCCCAUCACAUACGCGGCCAUAGGGAGUUAGAGACACACGGAAUCUAUAUGCUAUAUUUAGAAUAACGCCUCCUGCAAAACGCAGCUUAAAAAAGUAAAAAUACCAUUCUCGACCAGAUGCGCCUUUUCUAAAUCCACUUCUAGGUCAUAUGUUUAAUCAUGACUUGACUAUUGCAACUAAAUAUAAAUGCGAUACUUUUCAAAUGGAAUUUCAUUUAGUUGGCUACACGCCUCGGCUUCAGCUCAGUAACUGUUCAGUAAAUGACGACGUCGUCUUGUCAGGAAGAGAGAGGGCAGGGAGCCACUGCUAGAUGUUUUCCUGUCUGUUUCAUCUAGCUAGUGAUUAGUGCCAUCUUUACUCGACAGGCCACUGACUGGGCUGUCCGCAGGCUAAAGGAAUGACGUAGCCACGUCGCAUACCGGCGAAAAAAACACAGGGUUGCUGCACGAAAAUACUUUUGCAUAACAGCACGUCAUGUUUUUCCCUUGUCAGCCAGCCACUCUUUAUCAAACUGAUUCAUAUGGACUUAAUUAACAUUUAGCUGCAGAAUGUUAUCUCAAAAUAAUAAAUAUUUAUAAUUUAGGCAGGGCUUUUUCAUAUUUGGCAAGGUUUAUCUCCAAAUAUUACAAAUUACUAUGUGAUAUUCAAAUCAAUUAUGUAGCUUGGCCUAUCCUUAAAAAUGUAGGACCGUUUUGAUGAAGAUUGGACUAUCAGAACAAUUGGGCUGACGUGUUUAGCACAUCUCACUUUCAAGCAAUUUAUAAAACAAUCUUUCUAUGUUAACCUCACAAAUUUGUCUCAUGCAUCUAAAACCUGAGAAUUGGCGACACAUCUGCGAUAUUAUAUUUAGUUUAGUUUUCACAUAGUUAACUUAGACAUACUGGCUCCUGGAUUUUUUUUUCUUCAAAAUAAUUGAAAAUGAAAUAGAGAAAUAUGUCAUUUACAUAAGUAUUCACACAAUACAUUAUAGCUGUGAUUUAAAGCUGUGAGUCUUUCAGGGUAAGUCUUUAAGAGCUUUUCACACCUGGAUUGUGCAAUAUUUUUUUCGAAAUUCUUGAAGCUCUGUCAAAUUGUUUGUUGAUCAUUGCUAGACAACCAUUUCCAAGUCUUGCAACAGAUUUUCAAGCAGAUUUAAGUCAAAACUGUAACUUGGCCACUCAGGAACAUUGACUCUUCUUGGUAAGCAACUCCAGUGUAGAUUUGGCUUUGUGUUUUAGGUUAUUGUCCUGCUGAAGGGUGAAUUCAUCUCCCAGUGUCUGGUGGAAAGCAGACUGAACCAGGUUUUCCUAUAGGAUUUUGCCUGUGCUUAGCUCCAUUCUGUUUAUUUUUUAUCUGGAAAAACUCCCAGUACUUAACGAUUACAAGCAUACCCAUAACACGAUACAGCCACCACUAUGCUUGAAAAUAUGGAGUGGUACUCAAUAAGGUGUUGUAUUGGAUUUGCCCCAAACAUAACACUUUGCAUUCAGGACAAAAGGUUAAUUGCUUUGCCACAUGUUUUGUAUUACUUUAGUGCCUUGUUGUAAACAGGAUGCAUGUUUUAGAAUAUUUGUGAUCUGUACAGGCUUCCUUCUUUUCACUCUGUCAAUUAGGUUAGUAUUGUGGAGUAACUACAAUGUUGUUGGUCCAUCCUCAGUUUUCUCCUAUCACAGCUAUUAAACUCUGUAACUGUUUUAAAGCCACCAUUGGCCUCAUGGUGAAAUCCCUGAGCGGUUUCCUUCCUCUCCGGCAACUGAGUUAGGAAGGACGCCUGUAUCUUUGAAGGGACUGGGUGUAUUGAUACACCAUCCAAAGUGUAAUUAAUAACUACACCAUGCUGAAAGGGAUAUUCAAUAUCUGCUUCUUUUUUUUUACCCAUCUACCAAUAGGUGCCCUUCUUUGCGAAACAUUGGAAAACCUCCUUGGUCUUUGUGGUUGAAUCUGUGUUUGAAAUGCCCUGCUCGACUGAGGGACCUUACAGAUAAUUGUAUGUGUGGGGUACAGAGGUGAGGUAGUCACUCAAUCAUGUUAAACACUGUUAUUGCAGACAGUGAGUCCGUGCAACUUACUAUGUCACUGAACAUAACAAAGGGUUUGAAUAAUUAUUGACUAAAGACAUUUCGGCUUUACAUUUUAUUAAUUUGUAAACAUUUUGAAAAACAUAAUUCCACUGUGACAUUAUAGGGGAUUGUGUGUAGGCCAGUGACAAAACAAAUAAUCUUGAUUUAAUCCCAUUUUAAAUUCAGGCUGUAACACUACAAAAUGUGGAAAAAGUCAAGGGGUGUGAAUACUUUCUGAAGGCCCUGUAAUGUUUAUGUUCUGUGGUGAGAAUAUAAUUGAAGUGAUAGGUCUAGCUAAGCUUACUAGCAUCAGCUGAAACGAAGCCAUUGAGAAGAAUCACAUGCGCCAAAUACAACAUAUGUAGACUUUACCGUGAAAUGCUUACUUAACGCGCCCUUUCCCAACACUGCAGAGGUAAAAAGUAAAACAUUUGCUAUAUAAAAAAGUGAAUAGUAACACAAUAAAAUAACAAUAUCGAGGCUAUAUACAAGGAGUACCGGUACCGAGUCAAUGUGCAGGGGUACCAGGUAGUUGAGGUAGUAUCUACAUGUAGGUAGGGGUAAAAGUGACCCCUAUGUGAGUUUUAUGAUCAGAUGUCGUGAUGAUAUUUGAUGACCCAGAUGCUAUGCUCUUUUCUUUCUAUGUUUUGUGGAAAUGACUAACUCAACGGAUAUGCAUCAACCUCAAGCAAAAUAUUGUCAUUAGAUGGGCCUAGAUAUACAUUUCAAUGGUAACUAAUGCCUAGCGUACAGUACCCCCUGUCUGCACACCGGUUUCUGAUAUCACUGGAUCCUCUUACAGGGUUCAGCUAUUAUGGCAGCCAUUUUGGAGCCUACGCUGCUUUACAGUUCCUCUCUCUAUAGCCCCUAAUGCAUUUACAGGGUCCGACAUUAACGAUGGCCCGGGGCCUGUAAACACGUGCUGGGCCAGUGGAUCUCGUCAGUCACUGGCCCGCCUGGGCCAGUAACUUCUACACACACUUCUGCGUUCCAGUUCAACAUUUACCUGCUCUGUCAUAGUCUACCAUGGAAAACCCAUUGAUGACCACACUUAAAACUACAGGAUCCAGACCCUAGGACAAACUAUUGGGCAGUGGACAGCUGCUGUAUCCUGGGCCCGGGGUUAGUCCCAGACUCUUUAUGCAUUCCUUGUCAUGGAGAGAGUUGGUGGUGAUUUCAUGGGGCUUUCUAUGCUAAUGUUACUCUCACACGGUCACUGUCCUGGCCUAACCCUGUAGACUCCAGGCAAGUUAGAACCAAAACAACACCCUUUCCAGUAACCUUUUAUGGUGCCAUUGCAUCUGACAUUUGGCUAGUACCGUAGUUUCGUUAUGAUGCAUAGGAUUAUAAAUGAGUCAGGGUGGGAGCUACUGUUUCCUGGCCUGAAACAAGUUCAACGACUGCUAGUGCUGCUGCAGGUGACUGGCUGCUCUACUCUGGGCCUAGCCCUAGUCAUGUGAGAAGGGUCGGUGGCCAUUUUGUUUUUAUCUCUGAUCUGAGCUUAAGGCUAAAACGCUGUGAGUGUUUACAUUCAACUUUGAACAAACAAAGGGCCCACUAGAGAGAAGAGAAAAAAAAGUAGUCACUGUUUGCUGCUCUAAUAAUAAAAGUUAUUGGUGAUGGAUACAGAUACGGAGAGGGUUUGACAGGCCUGUCUUUGGUCGUGUCUACACUUGACACUUACAUGCGACUUCUGCUAUCAGAAUACGAAGAUUACAUUGAAAAGAUGGGGUCUAGAUGCACAAAAGUUGCUUUGUUGGUCUGAUUGUGUUCAGGUCUGGCUGACCACUUCAGGAGGUGGUCAGGGAUGCAUUGUGUGCUGAUUUCUCCUAAGUAUGGACGCAAUCAGGCUACCGAAAGCGCAUACAGUGGGCGACGUCAUCAGCACGCCUCCCACAAGUCUCCAGAAAAUUUACAUUUUGGGACCGAGAGGCACCGUUUCAUUAUAACGUGGGAACAUUUGUUUCUAGCGUGUGAGGAACGUGUUUGCUGGCCUCACAAAUUCUAGCUAAUAUUUAGAAAAAGUAUUUUUUGUUUGACUAGAGUUAUGCUAACCCGUUUGCAAUGCCUUUAGUGUUGCUUGCUGGCUAGCUACAGAGGUUAGCCGGCUAGUUAGCUACAGUAGUUAGCUACAGUAGUUGUUGUUGUUGUUAUGUAAUCAUAUUUUGCCUGGUCCACGUUUUGUAGAAUGCAUACUGGCAUUUGAAUAUAGCGCGGGAAAAGGGAAUCCGGACACACUGUGGACCCAGUAGACACAUUUUUACAUGUAGGUGUAGAUGCAUGACACAUUUGGAAUUCCAUGAUCAGAACUGUAUGAUUUAGAAUACUAAAGCUGUAUGAACUGUCAAGUCUAGACACGGCCUGAGGAUGUUGGACGGGCCUGACGGAGUCCCUCGGAGCAGUAGGUCUAUUUAGUGGCUGAGGGAUGUUUUCUAUAUUGUUCCGUCUGUGUGUAAAGAGACAUGAAAUGACUGUCUGCCUCCCAAAUUGGAACCCUAUUCCCUAGAUAGUGCACUACCUUUGACCAGAGCCCUAUUGGCCCUGGUCAAAAGUAGUGUGCUACAUAGGGAAUAGGGUUCCAUUUGGGAUGCAGACUGUGUGUUUAGGUAGAUGAUUCACCUGAGGCCCUGGCAGCAGUAUGGAGUGGCUGAGGGAGGCAGGAUGGAGGGCUCUCUGUUCUUCUGUCUGUGUCUAUAUAGAGACAUACAACAAUACUAGUUGUGUUUUAGGUACAGUGAGGGGAAAAAGUAUUUGAUCCCCUGCUGAUUUUGUACGUUUGCCCACUGACAAAGAAAUGAUCAGUCUAUAAUUUUAAUGGUAGGUUUAUUUGAACAGUGAGAGACAGAAUAACAACAACAAAAUCCAGAAAAACGCAUGUAAAAAAUGUUAUAAAUUGAUUUGCAUUUUAAAUGAGGGAAAUAAGUAUUUGACCUCCCUCUCAAUCAGAAAGAUUUCUGGCUCCCAGGUGUCUUUUAUACAGGUAACGAGCUGAGAUUAGGAGCACACUCUUAAAGGGAGUGCUCCUAAUCUCAGCUUGUUACCUGUAUAAAAGACACCUGUCCACAGAAGCAAUCAAUCAAUCAGAUUCCAAACUCUCUCAAAGAGCUCUCCAAGGAUGUCAGGGACAAGAUUGUAGACCUACACAAGGCUGGAAUGGGCUACAAGACCAUCGCCAAGCAGCUUGGUGAGAAGGUGACAACAGUUGGUGCGAUUACUCGCAAAUGGAAGAAACACAAAAGAACUGUCAAUCUCCCUCGGCCUGGGGCUCCAUGCAAGAUCUCACCUCGUGGAGUUGCAAUGAUCAUGAGAACAGUGAGGAAUCAGCCCAGAACUACACGGGAGGAUCUUGUCAAUGAUCUCAAGGCAGCUGGGACCAUAGGCACCAAGAAAACGAUUGGUAACGCACUAUGCCGUGAAGGCCUGAAAUCCUGCAGCGCCCGCAAGGUCCCCCUGCUCAAGAAAGCACAUAUACAGGGCCGUCUGAAGUUUGACAAUGAACAUCUGAAUGAUUCAGAGGAGAACUGGGUGAAAGUGUUGUGGUCAGAUGAGACCAAAAUCGAGCUCUUUGGCAUCAACUCAACUCGCCGUGUUUGGAGGAGGAGGAAUGCUGCCUAUGACCCCAAGAACACCAUCCCCACAGUCAAACAUGGAGGUGGAAACAUUAUGCUUUGGGGGUGUUUUUCUGCUAAGGGGACAGGACAACUUCACCACAUCAAAGGGACGAUGGACGGCGCCAUGUACCGUCAAAUCUUGGGUGAGAACCUCCUUCCCUCAGCCAGGGCAUUGAAAAUGGGUCGUGGAUGGGUAUUCGAGCAUGACAAUGACCCAAAACACAUGGCCAAGGCAACAAAGGAGUGGCUCAAGAAGAAGCACAUUAAGGUCCUGGAGUGGCCUAGCCAGUCUCCAGACCUUAAUCCCAUAGAAAAUCUGUGGAGGGAGCUGAAGGUUCGAGUUGCCAAACGUCAGCCUCGAAACCUUAAUGACUUUGAGAAGAUCUGCAAAGAGUGGGACAAAAUCCCUCCUGAGAUGUGUGCAAACCUGGUGGCCAACUACAAGAAAGGUCCUCUGUGAUUGCCAACAAGGGUUUUGCCACCAAGUACUAAGUCAUGUUUUGCAGAGGGGUCAAAUACUUAUUUCCCUCAUUAAAAUGCAAAUCAAUUUCUAACAUUUUUGACAUGCGUUUUUCUGGAUUUUGUUGUUGUUAUUCUGUCUCUCACUGUUCAAAUAAACCUACCAUUAAAAAUAUAGACUGAUCAUGUCUUUGUCAGUGGGCAAACGUACAAAAUCAGCAGGGGAUCAAAUACUUUUUUCCCUCACUGUAGGUGAUCCCCACAAGAUGUCUGCUGUUCUCUGUUUGCGUAACCUUUAGGUGAUCCACACUAGACGGCAGAUCACAGGGAUAAUUAGGUUUGUGUUCAGAACAACAGACUAUACACAGAGUAUACCCCCCCAAAAGCAUUCCACAGGGAUGCUGGUCCAUGUUGACUCCAAUACUUCCCACAGUUGUCAAGUUGGCUGGAUGUCCUUUGGGUGGUGGACCAUUCUUGAUACACACGGAAAGCUGUUGAGCGUGGAAAAACCCGGCAGUGUUGCAGUUCUUCUCAGAAACCGGUGCGCCUGGCACCUACUACCGUACCCCGUUCAAAGGCACUUAAAUAUUUGAUCUUUCCCAUUCACCCUCUGAAUGGCACACAUACACAAUCCAUGUCUCAAUUGUUUCAAGGCUUAAACAUCCUUCUUUUAACCUGUCUCCUUCCCUUCAUCUACACUGAUUAAUGACAUUAAUAAGGGAUCACAGACUGACCAGGUGAAAGCUAUGUCAUGGAAAGAGCAGGUGUUCCUAAUGUUUUUUUAUACUCUGUGUAUAUUAGCAUGAGCCCAAACCGCAGCCAAACUGGAGCAGAGCUUAAAAGACUGGUAGGCCUUUAGAAUACAUAACAACAAAAUAUAUAGAUUGAAGACACAUUUCACUGUGUAAGAACACACCAAAAUCUGUAAAUUCAUCAAUCCAAAUGCAUCCCCCCAAGAUACAGUGCCAAAUACAACGCCUCAGGGUAUUAAAUAAUUAAAUAAUAAUAACAUUCCUAAACCAGAACAGAACUCCUAUUAGUUUGUCAGUUAGGCCUAGUUGUCAGGUGUAUGCAAAUUAGGAACUGUAAAACUAAAAACACGAAGUCACCAUUUUACCCCUCACCCACCUCUCCUCUCACCCCAAUCUGAAUGGGGUUAGUGUCUUUCUCCAGCCUGCCCCCCCCCCCCCCCCGGGCUUUAUCUAGGUCACAGCCCCACCACUCGUCCUGGCCUAGAGUGGUCUGCAUGUUCACUCCGCACAGUUAGAGCUGCACUGAGGUCAGUUCUAGUCACUGUAGGGGAUUUAGGGUGGUGCCAGUGUUACUUUACCAGUUGUAGAAAUAAAGAGAACCAUAUAAAUUAAUGUAGAAUAGAAUCAUAAAUACAUAUUCUAGAUCCAUAUGAAUUAAUGUAGAAUAGAAUCAUAAAUACAUAUUCUAGAUCCAUAUGAAUUAAUGUAGAAUAGAAUCAUAAAUACAUAUUCUAGAUCCAUAUGAAUUAAUGUAGAAUAGAAUCAUAAAUACAUAUUCUAGAUCCAUAUGAAUUAAUGUAGAAUAGAAUCAUAAAUACAUAUUCUAGAUCCAUAUGAAUUAAUGUAGAAUAGAAUCAUAAAUACAUUCUAGAUACAUAUGAAUUAAUGUAGAAUAUAAUCAUAAAUACAUAUUCUAGAUCCAUAUGAAUUAAUGUAGAAUAGAAUCAUAAAUACAUUCUAGAUCCAUAUGAAUUAAUGUAGAAUAGAAUCAUAAAUACAUUCUAGAUACAUAUGAAUUAAUGUAGAAUAGAAUCAUAAAUACAUAUUCUAGAUCCAUAUGAAUUAAUGUAGAAUAGAAUCAUAAAUACAUUCUAGAUCCAUAUGAAUUGUUAUAGGAUGAGGAUGUUCUCUAGGGGGCCAGUCAGUUUCCUCCAUGAACAACUCCUUUGCUGCCUCACCAACUCACCAUGCCUGCCCAGUCUUGGUAGGACGGGCCAGGGCAAAGGGGCAUCAACCUGGUGUUCACACACACUCACACUCACACACAGAACUCUGAACUUGUGGUGUUAGGGAUUACUGGGGACAGUUGGUCGAAGACGUUUGGUGUGUGUGUGUGUGUGUGUGUGUGUGUUUCCUGUCCCCCUGUCAGUCCAAACCUCCCUGGACCUCUCGCCCCCCCUCCCCUGCUAAAGCCCCCCCUGUGACUCUCUCUCAUUGCAGGCAGACAAACGGGCACACCACAAUGCACUGGAGCGCAAACGUAGGGAUCACAUCAAAGACAGCUUUCACAGCCUGCGGGACUCGGUGCCUGCCCUGCAAGGGGAAAAGGUUGGCAGAGAGGUAAACCCAGAAGUGCUUAGGGAGAGGGGAUCCUUUGGGGAGGGAAGGGUUGUUUUGCUGUGUGCGUCCAGAGCAAUGUAUUUAGAGUUGGGGACCUCUUUUUUUUAGUUGGGACCCCUUUUUUUGUGGUCCUCUGUAGCUCAAUUGGUAGAGCAUGGCGCUUGUAACGCCAGGGUAGUGGGUUCGAUCCCCGGGACCACCCAUACGUAAAAAUGUAUGCACACAUGACUGUAAGUCGCUUUGGAUAAAAGUGUCUGCUAAAUGGCUUAUUAUUAUUGUUAUUAUUAUUAUUAUUAUAAUUUGGAAUAUUGUUCUAAUUCUAGACAUUCAGUUACAUAGCAUUGUUUAAAUAUUCCCCAUGUAAUGUUAAUGGGGUGUUAACAUGGCUGCCAUAGAAUGCUGUUGUGUCAUGUUAAUGCAUCAUAAUGCUCAUUCUAGACAUGAUAUCCCCCAUGUAAUGCAUUGUCUUACAUCAGGUGGCGUCACUCCUAUGCGACGCUCGUCCCUCAACGGGGACCAGUGCAGGCGGAAUCGUCGCGCUAUCUGACGUAAGACUGCCAUGUAACGUUAAUGGGGUGCUUACAUGGCUGCAAUAGAACGCUGUAGUGUCAUGUAAAGUGCAUCAAUGUAGAAGCCUUACACUCUAAAUGCAUGGCUCUGGGUGUGUCAUGGAAUUGGCAUUCUGAGUGAAUGAGAUGGGAGUGGGAUUUUUGAAUGCGAUAUGGGUAAACAAAGUGAAUGUAAUUGCAUUGCAAUGUGUUGAUUUAAGAUAUGUAUGUUUAUGAUUCAAUGUGUGCUGUUGCUGUAAUUCAUAUUUCAAAGGUAAUGCCACAGAAAAUGUAGCUACUUCCUUCAGUGUAUUCAGUACAUGGGUAGUUAUGACAAGGAAGGGAGAGAAUGAGAGGGGGAGGGAAUGGAGAGUGGACAAGAAGAGAGCGUGCAAUCCAGAAAUAGUGAUGUGUUCUGAACAGAAACACUGGGACACAGGCUAGCGUCAGGAAGUUGUGAGCAAAUGUGUUGCUUUUUCCUGUUUUGACAUCUCUGACAUUGAGGGCAGCGGAGCAUGCCCAACAGAGCAGUCCAGGCUAUGGUCAGAUGCAGAACACUGUUUUUAUUAUCAAACCAACCAACAAGGCCCUUCCCCCUCCUCUACGGUCGCUCGGUGACCAGAUUAUGUUUGCUUUCGGACAGGAUGGAGAAUAGAAGUGAUGGAUGUUGAAAUGAGUCAAUGAAAAUGGCUGGUCACGUUAAAGGUAGACUCAAGCCAAAUGACGUGAUCGUACAAAAUUGGGUCGCUUCCUGUUUACAGAUGCAAGUAGUGCCUCAAGUAAGGGUGCAAACUGUGAAGAGCCAAUCAUUUCUGUUGUUGAUGCAGAGACUGAAGAGAAAGCAAGACAUUUCACUGGCUCCUUUUUUCUGGUUCAUAUACUAAUCAAUUAAUCACAUUUUUAUUUGUCACAUGCCUUGUAAAUACACAAGUUACAAUAACUUGGCCAUAUACACGGGGUACCAGUACCGAGUCAAUGUGCAUGGGUAUGAGGUAAUUGAGGUGGAUACGCUAUAUAUACACAAAUGUAUGUGGACACCCCUUCAAAUUAGUGGAUUCGGCUAUUUCAGCCACACCCGUUGCUGACAGGUGUAUUAAAUCGAGCACACAGCCAUGCAAUCUCCAUAGAUAAACAUUGGCAGUAGAAUGGCCUUACUGAAGAGCUCAGUGACAUUCAAUGUGGCACCGUCAUAGGAUGCCACCUUUCCAACAAGUCAGUUCAUCACAUUUCUGCCCUGCUAGAGCUGCCCUGGUCAACUGUAAGUGCUGUUAUUGUGAAGUGGAAAAUUCUAGGAGCAUCAACGGCUCAGCCACGAAGUGGUAGGCCGCACAAGCUCACAGAACGGGACGGCCGAGUGCUGAAGCGCGUCGAAAAAUUGCAACCGAGGAGAGACAACACUCACUACCGAGUUCCAAACUGCCUCUGUAAGCAACAACCGCACAAAAACUGUUCGUCGGGAGCUGAAGUGGCCGAGCAGCCGCACAGAAGUCUAAGAUCACCAUGCGCAAUGCCAAGCAUCGGCUGGAGUGGUGUAAUGCUCGCCGCCAUUGGACUCUGGAGUGGAAAAGCAUUCUCCGGAGUGAUUAAUCACACUUCACCAUCUGGCAGUCCGACGGACGAAACUGGGUUCGUCGGAGGGCAUAGCAGGAUUUCUUAUAAGCGUCCGGAUUAGUGUCCCGCUCCUUGAAAGCGGCAGCUCUAGCCUUUAGCUCAGUGCGGAUAGCAUAGUCUCAAACGGAGCUCAUCCAGUUUAUUCUCCAGUGAUUGCACGUUUGCCAAUAGAACGGAGGGUAGAAGCAAUUUAUCCACUCUCCGACGUAGUCUCGUCAGGUAUCCCGCACGCCGGAACUCUGUAGUGCGUGUCGGGGAUUUGAGCCUGGUCCGGGAUAAUAAGUCUUUCACCUCCAACUCAUUGAAGUAGAAGUCCUGGUCCAAAUCUAGGUUAGUGAUCGCUGUUCUGAUGUCUAGAAGCUCUUUUCGGUCACAAACGAUGGCGGAAACAUUAUGUACCAUUAUGUACACAAUUGGUCAGGAGCUGUAAAACGGACUCUAUUCCCUCCAGCGCCAUUCUGCCUUAGUUCAUAUACAGUCAAUGAACUAAGCAGACCAGACCUAGCUGCUAUCACAUUGGUGCCUAUGAGCGAGCCACCCCUUUAGCAGACCGGAACUUUGACAUUUUUCCCCCCAAUGGUAAACAGCCUGAGUAUCAAUCAAUCAAUCAAUCAAUUUUAUUUUAUAUAGCCCUUCUUACAUCAGCUAAUAUCUCGAAGUGCUGUACAGAAACCCAGCCUAAAACCCCAAACAGCUAGUAAUGCAGGUGUAGAAGCACGGUGGCUAGGAAAAACUCCCUAGAAAGGCAAAACCUAGGAAGAAACCUAGAGAGGAACCAGGCUAUGAGGGGUGGCCAGUCCUCUUCUGGCUGUGCCGGGUGGAGAUUAUAACAGAACCAUGCCAAGAUGUUCAAAAAUGUUCAUAAGUGACAAGCAUGGUCAAAUAAUAAUCAGGAAUAAAUCUCAGUUGGCUUUUCAUAGCCGAUCAUUAAGAGUUUAAAACAGCAGGUCUGGGACAGGUAGGGGUUCCAUAACCGCAGGCAGAACAGUUUAAACUGGAAUAGCAGCAAGGCCAGGCGGACUGGGGACAGCAAGGAGUCACCACGGCCGGUAGUCCCGACGUAUGGUCUUAGGGCUCAGGUCUCUCAGUUGGCUUUUCAUAGCCGAUCAUUAAGAGUUGAAAACAGCAGGUCUGGGACAGGUAGGGGUUUCGUAGCCGCAGGCAAAACAGUUGAAACUGGAAUAGCAGCAAGGCCAGGCGGACUGGGGACAGCAAGGUGUCAUCAUGCCCGGUAGUCCUGACGUAAGACAUCUUAAUUUAUCCACCAACGUUGGUUGACGUCUGUGAGCAGGAAGUUGCUCCCGGUUGUGUAUGUCACCUUCCUGAGUCUGCCUUUUAUUUGGGAUAUAUGGGAAGUAUCCAUUGAUGUAAGUGGUUCAGGAAACAGAUUUUAGUAUCAGGGUGAAUAGUACAAUACCAGAUCAUACUAUAUUACCAAGGUUUGUGGAGGUAUCUGGUGUUCUUGUAGACUUGAUUAUUACUAGGGUUGUAAUGGUACUGUAUCAUGAUAAUGAGAGUAAAGACUUUGUGUGGUACUGACUGGGAGAAGCUGGAUCAAGGCAUGGUUCCAAAUGGUGCCCUAUCCCCUAGUUCACUACUUGGGGCUCUGUUCAACUCAAAAGUAGUGCACUUUAUGAGAAUAGGGUGCCAUUUUGGAUACAGCCUUUGUUUUGAGCCAUGAGAAGCUAGAGCAAGUCUAUAUUCCAUGGCGUGGCCCGAGGGGCUUUGGUGGCGUGGCCCGAGGGGCUUUGGUGGCGUGGCCCGAGGGGCUUUGGUGGCGUGGCCCGAGGGGCUUUGGUGGCGUGGCCUGGUUAAGAGAACAUUGCACCACCAUUGUGACAGUUAUUACAGUAGCUGUGCUAGAGGGGUCGAGGACAGUUUUUACAGUAGUUGUGGUCUGGGGAUCAGUCAGUGUAGUGACAGUUUUUACAGUAGUUGUGGUCUAGGGAUCAGUCAGUGUAGUGACAGUUUUUACAGUAGUUGUGGUCUAGGGAUCAGUCAGUGUAGUGACAGUUUUUACAGUAGUUGUGGUCUAGGGAUCAGUCAGUGUAGUGACAGUUUUUACAGUAGUUGUGGUCUAGGGAUCAGUCAGUGUAGUGACAGUUUUUACAGUAGUUGUGGUCUAGGGAUCAGUCAGUGUAGUGACAGUUUUUACAGUAGUUGUGGUAGAGGGGUUAGUCAGUGUAGUGACAGUUUUUACAGUAGUUGUGGUAGAGGGGUUAGUCAGUGUAGUGACAGUUUUUACAGUAGUUGUGGUAGAGGGGUUAGUCAGUGUAGUGACAGUUUUUACAGUAGUUGUGGUAGAGGGGUUAGUCAGUGUAGUGACAGUUUUUACAGUAGUUGUGGUAGAGGGGUUAGUCAGUGUAGUGACAGUUUUUACAGUACCUCUGUCAGCAAAUGUGAUGUUAAUAAGGACACUACAACCUUGCCUUGCGUCAUAUGAGUUUUUCCUUUGUUGGUGACAGCAAUCUAUCAAACAGGCGUCCCGAGCUCAGAUUCUAGACAAAGCCACAGACUACAUCCAGUAUAUGAGGAGGAAAAACCACACGCACCAGCAGGACAUCGACGACCUGAAGAGGCAGAACGCUCUGCUGGAGCAGCAAGGUGAGUAUGAUUGAGAACCUACCGUACCUACGGACCAACUACCUGUAGUAUGAUGGAGAACCUACCGGACCUACGGACCAACUACCUGUAGUAUGAUUGAGAACCUACCGUACCUACGGACCAACUACCUGUAGGAUGAUUGAGAACCUACCGUACCUACGGACCAUGUUUCUGUAGCGUGCGUUUGUCUGCUUAUGGGCCAAAUUUUGACAUCUGACUUUCUACAUUUGCCUCUUUCCUUCUCAACCCCUUUCUUUAUUCUCCCUCCCUUGCUCCCUUUCCUCCAUCCUCUUUCCUUUCCUUUUUCUUCCCUUUGUCUAUCUCCCUCCUUUCUCUGUCCUCUCCUUCGCCUUCUCUCUCCCCUGUAGUGCGUGCCCUGGAGAAGGUGAAGGGUUCGACCCAGCUCCAGGCCAGCUACAGUUCUUCAGACAGCAGCCUGUACACCAACCCUAAAGGCAGCGCUGUGUCUGCCUUCGACGGAGGCUCUGACUCCAGCUCCGAGUCCGAGCCAGAGGAACCCCCCGCCCCCAGGAAGAAGCUCCGCGUGGAGGCCAGCUAG